UUUGGUCAGUUGGCAGCACUGCAGGGAAUUAGUUUUGUGCUAGUUCAGUGUGCCACCAACGAAGAAGGAAGCCGCCAUCACGCCGAACUUCAGCUCGUCUUCGUUUGGAUUUGACAAGGUAAAAUGCAGUUUUUAUACUUUGGCAUGUAAUAUUUUGAACACAGAACUUAUGAUUUUGUGACCUGAUUAUAGCUUGUAGAUUCCUUUGUCCCACAUAGUAGCUUAGAAUAGUUAAUUAGGAAUCGAACGAUGUAAGUUUUGAGUCAGUUGCUGACAGGUGCUGGCACCUAGUGACAUUUUUUUUAAAUAUGGUCUGGGAGGCUAAGAGUACGCAGCACUGCGUACUCUUACCCACACUGCGUACUCUUAUCCUCCCUGUCGGCGAUUGCUACAUAAAAAAAUCAAUCUGCUCUUGUUUGGAGAUCAAUCAACUCAAAUUGUCAAUCUGUUCAAUUUCGUUAUUUAGCAAUAAAUUAGUAACAUUUUCUUUUUUUCAGAUUCACUGUUUUCUUUAAAAUGGCUCCAUACAAAAGAAAAACCGACAGAGUACUUUUAACCGCUGAGACCUUGGAAGAAGCUAAACGAAAACUAGAAGCUGGGAAGAGCAAGAGGGAAGUAGCUCGAGAGUUGGGGAUCAACGAGUGCACUUUGCGAAAAAGGCUGAAAACUGGGACAGUAGCAGAGUCACUUGGGAGAUACAAGAAGGCCUUGACUGAUGAGAUGGAGCGUGAGCUAGCUCAACAUUGCAGGGACCUUGACUCAAGAUUUUAUGGAUUGACUAGGAAACACAUAAUGAAAGUUGCUUUUGACUACGCUCAAAUGAAUGGUGUUUCUGAACGGUUCAAUCAAGAAAAAAAAAAUGGCUGGCAAAGAUUGGCUAAAAUCUUUUUGUAAAAGAAACAACCUCUCUGUUAGGGCACCUGAAAAUUGUAGUAUGGCUAGGGCAAUUGGUUUCAAUAGAGUUCAGGUGUCUAGGUUUUAUGAUAAUUUGAAAGAAUGUUGCAUUCAAAAAAAGUUUCCUGCUCACAGGAAAUUUAAUGUUGAUGAGACAGGGUUGUCGACAGUCCCUAGUAGGACUCCAAAGGUAUUGACGCCUAAAGGUAAAAAAACAGUUUGCAAAAUUGCAAGUGCUGAGCGGGGAAUAACAGUCACAGCAGUGUGCUGCAUGAGUGCAACUGGAGUUUUUGUGCCUCCUGCACUAAUUUUUCCAAGAAAAAGAAUGAAUCCUUCUCUUUUCACAGAUGCUCCUCCUGGAACUUUGAGACUUGUGACGGACACUGGAUAUAUGAACUCCGAUCUAUUUCUUGAUUGGCUGAAACAUUUUGUGCAGCAUACAAAACCAUCUGCUGAUGACCCUGUUUUACUCAUCGCUGACAAUCACUCUACACACUGUUCCCUUCAGGCAAUUUUGUACUGCCGAGAGAACAAUGUCACAUUUUUGACUCUUCCACCUCAUGCAAGCCACAUCAUCCAACCUCUCGAUAAGUGUUUCUAUGGCCCACUCAAAUCAGCAUUUUCAACUGAAGCGGAAAAAUGGCUUGUUCAACAUCCUGGUGAAGUGAUAAAGUUGAGAGAUGUAGCUGGCAUUUUCAAAGAAGCUUAUUCAGCAACAGCCAAGAUAAAGCUCGCUGAAAAAGGAUUUAAAGUUACUGGUAUCGAACCCUUUAAUCCAGACAUCAUUGAUGAUGAGCUUUUUGCCCCAUCCCUUGUCACUGAACAACCUCAAAGCCAAAAUGAAGAUGAGACAGCAAACCUCCAAGACCAAGUGACUGAUGCCAGUAAUCCAGACAAAGACUUAGCCCUACCAUUGGAUAUCGAGUCACCUGAGGGACAGCAAGCUGCAGACCCACUGGAACUUGUACCUGAGGCACAGAUAAUCAAAAGUUCGACUCAAAGUUCAACUAUAAAAAAGUCCAUUCAUUUGUUACUUCCUUUGCCAAAACGAGAGGUCAUGCCAGAUCAGAAAGGCAAACGCCCAUCUCAAAAAUCAGAAAUAAUUACUUCUUCACCUUUUAAAGCUAAGUUAGAGAACAAGGAAAAGGUCAAACUAAACCUAGAGAAAGAGAAAUUGGAAAAAAUUGAAAGAAUUAAAGCUAAUAAGGUUGCGAAAAAAAGCCUUUUUAAAGGAUUUCAAACAGAAAAAGUUAAAAAUAACCCUGCGAGCCUAAAGAAAAAGGGAGUUAAUAUAAAAAUUGAGAAAAGCACACCUAUUAAGCAGAACAAGGUUAUCAAAAAAGAACCUUCAGACGUUAUUCCCAAAAAAAUCCUACGCCUUGAUCAACCAUGCUCAAGUUCAGCCCAACCGGGAACUUCCCAAGACAGGAGUUCUCAAGAAGACGUCACCGUCUGCGGUGGAUGCGGAGAAUCUUUUGUUGAAGACUGGAUCCAGUGUGGAAUCUGCAAUGUGUGGUGGCAUGAGACUUGCUCUGCUUAUGAAGGCAGCGGACCAUUUGUGUGUGAUCACUGCUAGUGCGUACUCUUAGCCCAUCAUCCGCGUACUCUUACCCUCCCGGGAGCCCAAGAGUACGCAAAUGGCAUUUUUUUCUAAAUAAUUUUUUAUUAACUUAUAUUUUUAUAUAAAUGUACAAAACUUUGUACUUUUGAUAGGUAAUAACUAAAGCAUAUUGUGUGAAAAUUUGAGUUUCAUAUA